CAGCGCGGCGGUUGAAAUUCAAAAGUGGCGGGUGUGGCAGGUGGCCAGGCCCCUUCGGCGCUCGGGCUGUGUCGCGCGAGCCCGCGGAGGACGCAGGUCCCGGGACGCCGGCCCCCCGUCCCCUUCCUUUGCAUCCGGUCUUGUGAGGACCGCAAUGGACAUGCAGGCGCAGAGGCCCCCUUUAUUGGAAGUGAAGAGGAACUUGGAGCUGAAGACAGCCCUGGUCAAGGCCUCUUCCCGACUGCCCCUUCCAGGAACCAGGCUCAAGAGGGGUCCUGACCAGAUGGAGGAUGCCUUGGAGCCUGCAAAGAAACGGACACGAGGCCUGGGUGCAGUGACCAAAAUUGAUACAUCCCGCCCCAGAGGAGCAGUCCUCAGCACAGUGUCACAGACACAGGGCCCGGCUGCAGCUCCGAAAGGCCCUAAGAAGACAGGACUUCGUGGCUGCACCACGGUCGGUCCAGUGCUGAAGAACCAGAAGCCAGCUCCUGCUGUUCCUGCCCAGAAGCCUGGCACAUCGGCUGCCCCUAUGGUGGUAGGGAAGAGGCCUGGUAAACGUCCUGCCUGGGACUUGAAGGGUCAGUUGUGCGACAUCAAUGAAGAGCUGAAGCGCUAUCGGGAGAAGACGCAAAAGCUGGACCAGGAGAACCGGGGGCUUCAGGAGCAACUCAGAGAGGCCCAGGAGCAGGCUGAGGCCCUGGGGACAGAGCGGAACACCCUGAAAGGGGAGCUGGCCAGUGUACGGACCCAGGCCGAGCAGAGCCAGCAGAAACUGGACACUCUGUGUGUCCGGGUCUUGGAGCUGGAGGAAUGGCUGGGUACCAAGGAAAGGCUGAUUCAGGAGCUUCAGAGAGGACAGCUGGAAUUGCAGGAGGAACGGAAGGCACUGGCCACCCGGCUGGAGGAGCAAGAGAGGAGGUUACAGGCCUCAGAAGCAGCUCUGUCAAGCAGUGAAGCGGAGUUGGAGUGUCUGCGGCAGAGGACUGCAGCCCAGGCAACCUCACUGGUCGAGCAGGGAGACCGGCUGCACGGGCUGGAGAUGGAGCGCCGCCGGCUCCACAACCAGUUGCAGGAGCUGAAGGGCAACAUCCGGGUGUUCUGCCGGGUGCGCCCUGUCCUUGCAGGGGAACCCACUCCAUCCCCUGGCUUCCUCCUGUUUCCCCAUGGCCCUGCUGGACCGUCUGAUCCCCCAACCCGCCUUAGCCUCUCACGGUCUGAUGAUCGGCGUUCGACCCUGACUGGGGCACCAGCACCCACUACCCGCCAUGAUUUCUCCUUUGAUCGGGUAUUCCCACCAGGAAGCAAACAGGACGAAGUAUUUGAGGAGAUCUCCAUGCUUGUCCAGUCAGCACUGGAUGGCUACCCUGUGUGUAUCUUUGCCUAUGGACAGACAGGCAGCGGCAAGACCUUCACUAUGGAGGGCGGGCCUGGGGGAGACCCCCAGUUGGAGGGGCUGAUCCCUCGGGCCCUGCGGCAUCUGUUCUCUGUGGCCCAGGAGAUGAAUGGCCAGGGCUGGACAUACAGUUUUGUGGCAAGUUAUGUAGAAAUCUACAAUGAGACUGUCCGAGACCUGCUCGCCACUGGGACCCGGAAAGGGCAAGGAAGCGAGUGUGAGAUUCGUCGGGCAGGUCCAGGGAGUGAGGAGCUUACUGUCACCAAUGCACGCUAUGUCCCUGUUUCCUGUGAGAAAGAGGUGGAGGCUCUGCUCCAGCUGGCUCGCCAGAAUCGGGCCGUGGCCCGUACUGCCCAGAAUGAGAGAUCAUCACGCAGUCACAGUGUGUUCCAGCUGCAGAUUUCUGGAGAGCAUGCUGCUCGGGGCUUGCAGUGUGGUGCUCCCCUCAACCUUGUGGACCUGGCUGGGAGUGAACGGCUAGACCCUGGCUUAACCCUGGGCCCUGGGGAGCGUGAUCGCCUUCGGGAAACGCAGGCCAUCAACAGCAGUCUAUCUACAUUGGGACUGGUCAUAAUGGCCCUAAGCAAUAAGGAGUCCCAUGUGCCUUACCGAAACAGCAAGCUUACCUACCUGCUGCAGAACUCGCUGGGCGGCAGUGCCAAGAUGCUCAUGUUUGUGAACAUUUCCCCUCUGGAAGAGAAUGUCUCCGAGUCUCUCAAUUCACUACGCUUUGCUUCCAAGGUGAACCAGUGUGUUAUUGGUACUGCUCAGGCUAAUAAGAAAUGAAGAUGGAGCCACAGCCUGAUUCCUGUGCAAGCGAGUGUGCAUGUGUCUCUGUGUGUUUUGGUGUGUAUGUUCUUGGUGGGGGUGGGGGUUGAGAAAUGCUUUUAUUGGGUGGACAACAUUAUGUAUCUAAUUAUCAAAUAAAGAAAUUUUGUUGUAGGCUUAAAACAUUUUUCUUAGAUUUUUUUAUAAUGUAUAAUUGUUUUGCUUGGGUGUGUAUGCAUGUGCACCAUGUAUAUGUCUGGUGUUCCUUGAAUUCAGAAGAGGGCUUCCGGUGCCCUGGAACUACGGAUGAUUGUGAGUGGGUUCUGCGAACAGAACCUGGGAUCCUCUGCAAAAGCAGUAAGUGCUCUUAACCACUGAGCCAUCUCUCCAGCCCUUGUUACAGCUCUUAAAUAAAGGUAUUAAUACUAGUAGCUGCUACAGGAAUGUAUUGUAAACAAAUACCUGUAAGCAUGUAGAAGUGUCCAUUCUGACAUGUGUUUUGCAGUGAGGCUAUAGGCUCUCCUCUCUUAGCUUUCGCUUGGCUAGGCAUCCUUUGCUGUCCUGAUGCCGCUUCUCUAUUCUUCAGCACACGGAGUUGUACCCAUAGCUGCCCACUGCCUGGCCCCAGGCCCAGCCCGGGACAGAAUGUUCUUGUCUGGUGUGAGAGUUGCCAGGGCGCUCCACAUUCUCUCCCUUUCCCUGCCCACCGGUUCGAACUAUCGGUCCCUGCCGCCCGCUGCCCAUUGGUUGGCCACGGGCACGUCACCGCCUCGCUGCUAGCCCCGACGUCCUUCCCCGCUCCGGAGGAGCGCAGCCACCGGGGUUCUCGCGGCGGGAGGUGUGGCUGGCUGCCCAGGUGCUGCGCCCAGGCGGGGCCGCGCGUGCGCAGAAGGGCGGGGCGACAGGAAGUGUGAAUGGGGGAGGGCGGUGCCGCGUGCG